UGGUAGAGGUGUGCGAUUCGGCACUUCCUCUUCCUUUUGGUGGUUAACGUGAGUGUUGUUGUAGUCCUCACUCCUCUCAAGUCAGUGAUCAUCACCUGAACAAUGACGAAAGGGACGUCCAGUUUCGGAAAGCGUCGCAAUAAGACCCACACUUUGUGUCGCCGAUGCGGUCGAUCCUCGUAUCACAUCCAGAAGAAGACAUGUGCUUCGUGUGGAUUCCCGAGCGCUCGCAUCAGGAAAUACAACUGGUCCGUGAAGGCCAUCCGGCGUAAGACGACGGGAACGGGACGUAUGCGUCACCUGAAGAAAGUGUACCGAAAAUACAAGAAAGGCUUUCAAAGCAUUGCCCCCAAAGUGAAAGGCUCUGCACCCGCGUCCGGAUCGGCCACCACUGCCUCCACUUCGAANAUAACCAGACAACUGGUCCGUGAAGGCCAUCCGGCGUAA